AUGUGGAAAAUUGUCCAGGUGUGCUUCGUGCGCAAACUCCAGGAAGCUGCACUGAGAGCGUACUACAUCCCAGAUGAUCCUCAGGAAUACGAGCUCCAAACGUUUACCCAAGAUGCUCUCUACAGUGAUGACAUUAUUAACCGAAAUGGAGGCAGUAUGGAAAGCAAGAAUUUGUCAGUGUUCCGAGGUACAAUCCCCGAGGCAUGGGUACUACGUGCAAAGCCAAGAGAUUGUGAAAUAGUCAAAAUUUAUCCAGGAUGGUUAAAAUUUGGAGUAGCUUAUAUCUCCAUUCCUGUAAGUAUCAAGACAACAGUCAAAGCCAUUAUCCAGGAAGUCCUUUUGCAACUAGGACGACAGGAUGAAAAUAUUGAAGAUUUUGAAUUAGUUGAGGUACUUAUGGGUUGUAAACAGGUGCAAUGUGUGGUGCUUUCUCAACUGGAACUGAUGCUUAGCAGACUUCAAGAUAUUAGAAAGAUGCUUCCUGACCUUAACUUAUUGUUUGUUUCAGGUGCUGUUGUGCUGGAAUUCUCAUGUUUUGAUGAAGCAGAGAGGAUUUAUACACAAGUUAAAGAUACUACUGUCAAUGACAGACAACUCACAACAGUUAUAAUCCCAGUCAUUGAGGUCACACAGCUACCACAGGAUUCUUAUCCUCUCCUUCUCUUUGUUAAUCCAAAGAGUGGGGCCCUUAAAGGGCGAGAACUUCUGUACAGCUUCCGGAAGCUUCUGAAUCCCCAUCAGGUUUUUGACCUUUCUAAUGGAGGGCCUCUCUCUGGGCUGCAUACAUUCCGAGAGGUUCCGUAUUUCCGAAUAUUGGUUUGCGGAGGAGAUGGAACAGUUGGUUGGGUUCUGGGUGUGCUGGAGGAGAUUCGACACAAGCUGAACUGUCCAGUGCCUCCAGUUGCUGUGCUACCUUUAGGAACAGGCAAUGACCUAGCAAGGGUGUUACGCUGGGGACCUGGCUAUAGUGGUGAGGAUCCCUUCUCCAUUCUGGUUGCAGUUGAUGAAGCAGAAGAAGUCCUUAUGGAUCGUUGGACAAUCCUCCUUGAUGCUCAAGAAGUUGUUGAUGGCACAGAAAACGGUGUCCCUGAGCUGGAACCACCAAAGAUUGUACAAAUGAACAAUUAUUGUGGAAUUGGAAUUGAUGCAGAACUGAGUCUUGACUUCCAUCAAGCAAGGGAAGAAGAUCCAGACAAAUUCAAUAGCAGGUUUCAUAACAAAGGAGUUUAUGUAAAAGUUGGGUUGCAGAAGAUUAGUCACACACGUAGUCUGCACAAGGAUUUAAAGCUUCAAGUGGACGAUCAUGAAGUGGCACUUCCAAAUAUUGAAGGCCUUAUCUUUCUGAACAUUCCGAGCUGGGGAUCUGGAGCAGAUCUGUGGGGAUCUGACAGUGAUGGUCGUUUUGAAAAACCCCGAAUUGAUGAUGGGAUGCUGGAAGUAGUUGGUGUCACUGGUGUGGUACAUAUGGGCCAGGUGCAAAGUGGUUUACGGUCUGGAAUUCGUAUUGCACAGGGGACAUAUUUCCGAGUCACGCUGCUGAAAUCAAUUCCUGUACAAGUUGAUGGAGAGCCUUGGAUUCAGUCACCAGGACAUAUUAUAAUAUCUGCUGCUGGGCCAAAGGUUCAUAUGUUGAAAAAAUGUAAACAGAAGCAGAAGAAGCAAAUUGGGAGCUUCAAGGAUGUAAGAGCAGAGAGUCUGGUCAACUCAGAAACAGGCAACCGAGGAGUGAUAACAACAGUUUGGAAAGGACUUGCAGUGUGACCAUGAAAAUCAAGAGAUUAUUUGCUUAACCAUUUUAAGAUUGCAACAGUUUGCAAUUAAAUAUUUUUGACAUUCAUUUGCACAUCUUUGUAGCAGUGUCUGAUAUUGCAACAUUAGUGGCCUCAAACAGGUGCCAGAAUAACAGUUAAAUGAUUUAACCAAAACAUUCUUCCAUGUUCAGUAGGUUAACAGUAGAAUUGCUAUCAAAAUAACGGCCGAUAAACAGAGAGAUACUUUUUUUUAAUGUGCGGAAAAUGCCUUAAUGUUCCCAAGGGCCUAUUCUGAACUGAAGUUGACCUGAGUAUUGGCUUUCACUGUUGUCAGUUUCGAGCUCUCCUGACCUAUUCCACUUGCAUCAUUCAGCUAAAGAUAGACUCUGAAUGAGCAAACAUUGCAUUAGGGGCCAGGUACCAUGUGUAUUCCAAACUCUUACUGCUAAUCUCUUAUUUCAAAACAUUACCCAAAUUUUGGAUUAGUGUGUGAUCUAAUUCAGAUCCAGAUAUAAUCUCUUGAAAAAAGUUUAGAUUCCUACAAAUACUCACUGUUGACAUCUUUCAGUAGAAAGACAUUCCAAGUUAUUUACUUCUGAUUUUUUUUAAUGCAGAGAGCAGAUAUGUUUGAAUUUGUUAACACAGAAUAGUAUGGCUACAGAUUACUUUGAAAUAAAUAUUUUGAGAGAGAAAAUAGUUUAAUGCAAAGAGAAGUGACAGUUGUGGGUGAUAUAAAGUUCAGGGAAAUAUUGCAUUUAACAUGGAAACAGUGACAUAUUGGUUCCCUAUCUGUUUGGUCCAUACCAUUGUGAUUAGGCAUUAAAGUCAUCCUUCAAGAAAAUAGAUUUAACAUACGUUAUUCCACUGAUUCUAUAAAAUAUAAAUAAUCAAUAUAUUGGUGAAUUAACCUGGCAGUAUACUUGAACAGAAGUAUGCAGCCAACUUGCUCCUACUUCCUUGAGAAUUUCAGAUCUAAUUUAAUCAAACUAGUUUUUCUCUAAAGUUGCGUUUAGACGCACUAAUCAAGUUAAGUUGUUUCCCUAACCAGCUGUGUGCAAAAUAUUUUGAAUCUUAUCUGAGGAAUUUUUAUAAUUCUUUACAGCCAGUACCUCUCUUUGCCAUUUGCAUGUUACUGUACUAUAACAGGUAUUCGUGAAACGUGCCUUACGUUUUAAAUACAAUGCCAUUGUGUAAUAGUUAAAAGUAAUAUUUUACCUCAGGAAUUAAGUUGGGCAAUAUUAAUUUUCUCAUUAAGUGUUAAGCAUAGCUUUAUAAAAGCCAUAUAGUAUUUAUAUCAGCUGAGUGAAAUAAGCCAUUCAGAUCUGCUUCCUGAUUUGAAGAUUUUGUUAGUCACACAUUCACUAAGUGGAAACUUUGCUGGAUACUCAUGUCCUGAAUGGAAAUCACACUAAUUCUUUUACUGAAUGAGCAGCAGGUCCUUUGUUGAUAUUUUGUCCAGCUAAACCCAGUGUUAGUAUCCCAAAAGGUGACUAUUACUGAUAAUAAUAUUAUAUCUAAAAUAUUAAUAAUAUAUAAAGAUUGAUCUUACAAAUUGCAAUGUAUACUUGUAUGAGGCUGGCAGUAUCAAAAAUGAUGUUUUCAAAAAGCUAAUGUGACAAUUUUGGUUCUUUGAAAACUGUAAGCCAGUGAAGAGAAACAUUUAACUGAUGUAACAUCACAGGCUUUAAAUUUUGAUUUGUAUUAAUGCAUGCCACCCAGAUUGAGAAUAAAAUCUGUUUCGGGAGAUUUAAGCAUGAAUCUGUUGUAAUAAAUAUCACCACUAUCACAAUUGACAUUGUUAAACCUUUUAGGGAGAAAUGUAGGGGCCAUUAAACAAUCAUAUUGAAGAUGUAUAUUUUAAUAAUACAAUCCUGUUUAAUUCAGUUCACAUCAGACAGAACUAAAAUAACAUACUGCAUCUUACAACAAAUUUGACUUGUGUCUAGAUUCCUUAUUCACCUUAAUUUAAGUUUCUCUAGCUAUAGGAAAGACUAUGAUUAAGAAUAAAUUUCCAUUUAAGUUGGAUUCAGAAUGAACUGUGGUUUAAUUUUAAAGUUUGUACAUUUGAAUUCUUUCUUCAUUUUCGACUCACGUUGCUUCUACUUUUUCUAUGAACUGCCAUGUAUGUAGCUAAAUCAAUGAAAACUAAGUUCUUCGUUAGGUGUUACUGGAAUGAUUAAUCCUAAUUAGCAAUUCGCAGUAAAGCCAGUGUUUUACAAUUUUCCACGAGAAGAAUAUUACAAGAAAUUGACUCUUUCCUGUGAUAAAAGCCAGGUUUAGCAGUUCUUUUGAGCUGCAGUGCUUCUAUUGGCGAGAAACUGUAGUCAUUGGAAAAUAUGAACAUUUUUUGUUCCAAAGCGUUUACAUUUUAAAAUUCUACAGUUAUAUUUUGAUAAACAUGCGUUUUGAAAAAUAUUGGUUACAUAUUUGUACGUUUUGAUUUGACAAAAGCAAUUUUAUUUUGUUAUGCUGUUUAAUGUGGAUUGACAUGUACUAAUGUUUUCAGUUUCCUGGGAAUAAUACUUGUGUAGCAACUUUUUGUAGAUACACAAUGAUAUUGGUUUGCUAGUUUAUAGUACAGCACUUCAUGAAUCCAACACAUUUUUGUAACUACAUACUCACCAACUCUCAAUUUGAUUUUGGAGAUUGAGUAUUUACUUACCUCCUCAGUCUUUCAGGAUUUACACAUUUUUCUGGGUUAAAGGGGGAAAAAGUUUUUUAACUGGCAAAUUAAGAGAGGCAGCUAACACCUUGAGUUCAAACUAAAAAGCUUGGGGAUGGGCCUGUUUUUCAUUGAUAUCAAAGUUUGUAAUUACAACAACCAGCAACCUAGCUGACAGUUUUAACUUUGUGGUUGCUGAUUUCCUGGAUUGACCUAAACUUAGCAUUUUGUUUAUGACUUGAUUUAAAACAUCUGGGUAACAUCUGCCAACUUGACUCAUGAAUCAAUUAAAAAGCUUGAGAUUGAGACAGAGAGAGAGUUAGUAAAUCUUCCCUCAUCAAAAAUUCACACAUUUUUCCAAAUAUUGAUAUGACACUUCUGCAUCACUUUUAUUUUAGAAAAAUGACUCCCCUUCUCCAUAGCUAGAUGUAGCUUUACUGUUGUAAGAUGGCUACAUCACAAUGAAGUUUGUGUUUAUUAUGUUCAAGCAUUAAACAGUAAAUGUAAAACUAUGCUUCACUGUUGUAACUAGUACCAGAUACUGUUGUUCAAAAUUGAGAUUGUUUCCAUUGUAUCCCUAUACUUUUAAUGUGAUGCCAUAUUUUACAUAGAAGCUGUCAUAACUUAAUCAUCUGUCGGAUUCUGCAGGAUUAUAAAAAAGGUUAUUGAAAAGUUAAACAGAGCACAUCUCUAAUCAAAGUACUAUUGUUUUCCAUACACAGAUAGUUUUGGUGUCAGGUAAUGAAGUAUUUUAAACAGACAGCUGUCAGAUUGGUAGCAAAUUCAUUUUUGCUUUCUUAAACUGCUGAAAUCCAGUUUAAUGCGUUCAGUUGUUCAAACUUUUUCAGUUUGUAUGUUUUAAAUACCUGUUAAAAUAAGUGUGAGAUAUGGACAUACUUACUGUUUACUGGUGAUAAUUUUAUCCUUGUUUGGCUUAUGUAAUGUUAGCUUCAUAUAAUGUUAGUUUUCAAAUCUGUUUUGUAGACCAAAACCAUUGGGAAUGUUUCUUGUACAUAAUAUGUUGUGUUCAAUAUGGUUAAUAUACUGUACAAGUAUUGACUUCGUCAGAUUCUCCUCAUACUACUAUUAAUUGCUGUGACUUAGUGCUCUGUUAAUAUACAGCAGUGGUGUAUAUUUUGAUAUUAGAGUAAAUGGGUUACUGUUGUGUUUUUAAAAAAUUGCACUGUCAAAUAAUCAAUUAUUUUGAAUGUAAUUGUGUUCAGUGAAAAACCAAUGGAAAGAACAUUUUCAUCUAAAUAAAACUGGGAAUUAUGAAAUUA